AUGGCCCCCGAGCACAAAGUAAAACACAUACCCUUCAUUGUAGACUUCACCAACCGUCGUAAAGGCGAAAAAGACGACGAAGCACGAGACACAUGUGACGCCUGUGACAGUCCAGAACACGACUUAUUCUGUGAUGGCUGCGGCGAAGCUCGUUAUUGCUCCACCACGUGCCAGAAGGAGAACUCGGCCAUACACGACAUAAUGUGUUCUUCCAUUCAAGGCCAUUUCAAGCUCUCUAAACGACCAAGCCCAAGUCAUGUCCGAGCAGUUGUAUUCCCCGUCAAGUCGUCCGAGCCGAAAUUUGUCUGGUUAGACACCGAGAAUUUCGAACAAGACGUUAUCGACUUCCUGUGCGUUGAAAGAAAAGAUUUACUCCCACCGUCAGACAUCAAUGGCAGGAUUGGGCAUCGCUGGCUGCAUAAUGGAAUUCAGAUAUUCCACCCCGAUCUAGACCGGGAUUCCAACAAAAAGGGAAUUGAAGAGUUCAAUCAGUCUGUCGCUAUGCUCUCGAGGCCAGGGCUUAUAAAAUUUUAUUACGGUCCUAUGUUCUUCUGUAGCUUUAAAAAGGGGGUCGAAGAUAGAAAGAUGAUUUAUGAAGAUAUUACCACGAAGGAGUUUACCGCCAUCACCGACUAUUUUCUCGCGGAACAAGAUCCAUCAUCAAUCAUUACGAGUGUGCCAAGAUACCCAGCUGUAAAAAACAGCUUGGAAGGCGCUGAUUUCAAAGCAUGGACAGCCGUCAAGUUUAACUGCGCGGGCGAUCUUCGGCGACUUUCGUCAUUACUAGAUGGGCAGAUGUGGCCGUUUGUAGAGGAAGUCCUCGUAGGCUCUCACCCCAAAUACAGCAAUCGACGUCGUUCCCUGCUACCACAUAUGGCCGGACUCCCCUGGCUUAUGGAGCCCAUCUUCUACGACCAAUUGAAAACGAACGAAAGAGUUAAUUACGGAGGCCGGUACUUUGCGCUUGAGUAUAUCACACAGCCAGACGGAGAGCGUGUCUUGUCAACAUCCAUGAAUUGCGGUAGCGUACUUGUUUUAAACGAGUCCGGCGCUCCGAUCCAUCCAGACCAUGUUUUGGCAUUUUACGACUUCGCGCAGAUGCAAUUCCAGAAUAUAUACAAUCAUCACCCCGAUUUACACUCUAUGACUCCUUCCGGGAUGGACGGUGUCCUUAUAUCGCCAGCAAGCCUUCAACAGCUCUUCACUAAGGAGAAAUUCAUGAAAUACUGGCAAGAAUGGGUCGAUUUAUCCGACGUGAGCAUGACGAGGGCCCCUAACACUUCGGGAAUCAAUUGGUAUCCUUAUGCCCAUAUUUAUGAUUCCGCAUCUUGGUGGGAUCCGUAUCUCCUUUAUACGGAGGAGCCGGCUAAGGAUAACAGCGACAAGGUCGAUAGCCCCGAUACCACCGUUACGGAUGCAGAAGGCGGUAAUAUGGAUUCUCUAUUUGUUGAGUGCGACACCUCCCCGGAAUAUCGUCGUCAGUUCGUGAUUGAUGCCUUCAACUCCGUGGAGGAGGAAUUCACAUGGUAGUGGAUGUAGAUAGGGACUCGGGAUAGAUGAAAUAGGAUAAUAAAAUAAAUAAAAGAACUCUUUCACCCCGACAUUCUCUUGGUCAUCUAUCAGGGUUUCAAUAACUCAACAAUUCAAGCAGGAUAUCUGUUUCGAUUUAUAUAAUUACAUUUCAAUCGCCUCGUAUUCAAACCACUCCAUCUAAACAUCCAAAAGCUGAACUGAGCACUACUAAAAUAGCGACUCGAUUUCUAAUAGGGUAUUAUAGC